AAACUUAAAACGCAUUCGUCUGUCUAGGAUGUUUUGUUCAGUGAUGAUUAGCUCCUGGACAUCUGGGGAGGGGGAGGAAGGGCGGACCUGUAAGGCUUGCCCUUUUUAACCAGAGACUCACAUAGGGGUUGGCUUUAGAACGUGCGAUAUGAGGACGAUGGCACCGAGCAAAUGGCUGAGAAUGUGAUCUGUGCGCGCUCUUCUGCCUUUUACGCGCGUCCAAGACGCACGAGACGUUCGCGCAGUCCCGUCUGUUAAACAGUUGUCAUUACGCAGGAGUGACCGAAUGGCGCACCCGGGACCAGGGAUGUGUGCCCCAACGCCGGAACUCGGUCCGCAUGGGAACGGCACGCACGAUAACCGGACACUGUGUCUGAGCGCCUCGGAUGCGCACUCGGCUGGAAACGCGAGCCUGGUAACCAACAGCAGCACUGAUCCGUUUGGCCGUAAUGAAGAAGUGGCCAAGCUGGAGAUCACGGUGCUGAGCUUGACGUUCUUGGCGGCUGUGGCGGGGAACAUAAGCGUGCUACUGGCCGUGCGCAACGCCGCCAAGAAGAGCUCACGUGUGCACCUGUUCAUUAAACACCUGAGCCUCGCCGACCUGGUGGUGGCCUUCUUCCAGGUUCUUCCCCAGCUCUGCUGGGAGAUCACAUUCCGCUUCAAUGGACCCGACAUCCUGUGCCGCGUGGUGAAGCACCUCCAGGUGCUCGGCAUGUUCGCCUCCACCUACAUGCUGGUGAUGCUGACGGUGGACCGCUACAUCGCCAUCUGCCACCCGUUACGAAGUCUGCAGGGAGCCGCGCGCCGCGCGCGCCUGAUGAUAGCCUGCACGUGGCUGUGCAGUGUGGUGCUCAGCACCCCGCAGUACUUCAUCUUCUCCCUCAGCGAGAUAAAGAACGGCUCGGACGUGUACGACUGCUGGGGUCACUUCAUCGAGCCGUGGGGCGUGCGCGCCUACAUCACCUGGAUCACGGUCGGCAUCUUUCUCAUCCCAGUCACCGUGCUCGUCAUGUGCUACGGAUUUAUCUGCCGCAGCAUCUGGAUGAACGUCAAGUGCAAGACGAAGAGCGGCGCGGCGCACGGCACGAGCGCGCUGAUCGGCAAGGCGUCGGUGAGCAGCGUGAGCACCAUCUCGCGCGCCAAACUCCGCACCGUCAAAAUGACCUUCGUCAUCGUGCUCGCCUACAUCGUGUGCUGGGCCCCGUUCUUCAUCGUGCAGAUGUGGUCGGUGUGGGACAAGAAUUUCUCCUGGGACGAUUCAGAGAAUGCAGCGGUGUCCCUAUCUGCAUUACUUGCCAGCCUGAACAGCUGCUGUAAUCCGUGGAUCUACAUGCUGUUCAGUGGUCACCUUCUUUACGACUUCCUGCGCUGCUUUCCAUGUUGUCGGAAGCUCGGGUAUGACAUCCGUAAUGAUUCUGACAGUAGCCUGAGGAGAAACACUCUGCUGAGCAAACUACCUGCUGCCUGCACACCCACAAAUGCCGCUGAAUCAUUGAGGGAUUAUCACAAGACCAACCAGGCAAUGGUACAAGAUUGUUCUCAUAAAGGCAACCAAUGUGUCCCUGUUGACUCGUUACAUAAAAGUAGUCUGAGCACAGACAAUCUGAACAAUCACAGUCACUCCAACCCAAAUCAUGCCGUAGAUACAGACAGUUGAGGACUUUACUGGCACUUCGGUCAACUAUGGAUUCAUUAAUUUCAAUGUUUACAUGAUGCUUGAUGCUUAUUCUAGAUAAACUGCUUUAAAAUGACUUCAUGAAUGUAUGUUUCAGUAUAUUCAUAUUUAUCUGUCUUUUAAUUAGAGUUUUUGUAGCUCCUCAUUUGAAUAUUUAAAUAACAGUGGCAAAAAAGACAAAAUGAAUUACACCGUCUUUUGACUUUUCUGACAUUUACAUAAUGAACAGCAAAGUAUUUGGAUGUGACUGCUGCUUAUGGCCAGCCAGUGUAUUUUGCUCUAAUAUGGCUCAAAGAGAAAUAGGGUUUACCUUAAUUGUUCACUUUUUCUGUCCUGUCCUAUAGUGUAAAUGUUUGCACGGGUUGUUUUUAUGGUUGCCUGUAAUUCAGGUAAUUGUGACUAAUGUAUGUAUAUUGUGACCUCAUAUUAUACCUAUAAAUACUUCAAAAUAUGGUAAACUUUCUGUUUACUUUCUGAGCUUGGUACAUUUUAUGCUAUGAGCAGUAUAAACAUUCAAUUAUUUGUUCUACGAAAGGUCCUUUACUGCGUGUAUACUACUGGCUAUUUAACGAAACAUUGUAACAUGAAAAGUGUAUUAUUUACAAAGAUCCAGAUUAUAAACUCACAUGACUACAUUGUGGUAACCGCUAGAUAUAUCAAAGUUAUGUUUUUUUAUGUUUUUGUAUGGUGCUUCAUGCACUGUUUAGAUGAGACAGAUGCAUGGGAGAAAUUAUCCACACUUCAUUCAUUCUGUUUACAUACAUGCCACUUUUUGUUUUUGAAAAGUAGUGUCAUCAGUUUGCUAAUCAUACAAGUGAGGGAAACUACAAGCGGCGUUCAAGUUAAACUGGGACUCAGCUGGGAUGUGGCAAUAACUCCCAGCCAAGUUCCUGUAAUGUGUUAGUAGUGUUGGUGAAUGAUUGGGUGUACAGUUCCCACACAGAUGCGUCUCUUUCACAAGUUGGCAACAAAUUAUCUGUAGAUUUUUAAGGAUCGGGCAUUCCACUCACUAAAUAUUCACGGAAUGACUGCAGGGAGCUCUUAUUCACUGACAUACGGCCUUCCUUAAAACGUUUGCAACAUUUAAAUGUUUUACUGCGGCUCAUCAUCGUACCGUGCUUGAGGUCUUUUGUAAAUAAAUCAAAUGAGAAAAUGUCAUCACUUGUCCUGGUUUGACUUGAACGUCCGUCGUAAACUGAAAAAUUAAAGAAAGUCAAUGAACACUCUGCUGUUUCAGGCAUCUAGCCCUCUAGCUAAAAUGUCUCUAUCCCACUUUAUCAAAAAAAACUUUAAAUAAAUCCAUGUGAUUGAAUAAACUGUAAACAGUGAAUUUGUCAUAUAAGCAGUGCUAAUUCAUGUUUUGAAAUUUGAGCUGUUUAACUGUAUUCAGUUUUGUAUACAGUUAUGGUUGUUGCUAUGGUGUUUUUUUUCCAGGGAUGAAAUGCAUUAUAUGGCCAAAGGUUUGUGGACACCUGCCAUUCAUUUGUAUGUUUCCAAAGCACCAACAGCCA